GUGCCAUCGAAAUUUUAGCAAUGCAAAAUUUGCCACAGUCUGAAACAAACGAAGACGAUGAAUAUCUAAUAUGCUAAGUCCAACACGUCGCCAAACUUCAUGACAGUGAGUGCUAUGAAAAACAUCAAAGCCACCUACGGAUUGAGUAGGAUCUCGUGGCAAGGAGAUCCAUGUGUUCCUCGACAGUUUUCGUGGGACGGUCUAAUUUGCAACGACACGAAUGUGUCUACCCCACCAAGAAUCACUUCCUUAAACUUGUCUUCAAGUGGGUUAACAGGAACCAUAGCACCUGGAAUUCAAAAUCUCAUCAAUCUCCAAACGCUGGACUUGUCAAAUAACAAUUUGACAGGAAAGGUGCCUGAAUUUUUAGCCAACAUGAAAUCGUUGUUGUUCAUAGACUUGAGAAACAACAAACUACAUGGUUUAAUUCCAAGGAAUCUACUUGUAAGAAGCAAUGCAGGUCUACAGUUAUUUGUUAGUUAUGACACAUGUUUAUCCAGUUCUUGUGUCCAAGACAAGAAAUUCCCAAUGAAAUUUGUUGCAUUAGCUUCUUCUGCGGUUGUGGUCAUUGCAGUGGUACUGACUCUCUUUUUUCUCUACAGAAAGAAAAAACGGUCAAGUCUAGGUUUGCCACCAAUGCGUGUUAUGUCAACUAGUAUAUCCGGACAAUCGAUUGAGACGCAAAGGAGAAGGUUUACUUAUUCGGAAGUUGUGGAAAUGACCGAAAACUUCCAAAACAUUUUAGGUGAAGGAGGGUUUGGAAUCGUGUAUCAUGGUUAUUUGAAUGGUUCAGAGCAAGUAGCGGUUAAAGUACUCUCACAAUCAUCAUCACAGGGUUAUAAACACUUCAAGGCAGAGGUUGAACUUCUUCUAAGAGUUCACCACGUAAAUCUGGUGAGUCUUGUUGGGUAUUGCGAUGAAGGAGAUCACUUGGCGCUAAUCUACGAAUGCAUGUCCAAUGGAGACCUAAAAGAUCAUUUGUCAGGAAAAAAGGGUAAAUCUGUUUUGAAAUGGAGCACUAGACUACGAAUAGCUGUCGAUGCUGCGCUAGGAUUGGAAUACUUGCAUUGUGGAUGUCGACCAUUGAUAGUGCAUAGAGAUGUCAAAAGUACCAAUAUACUGUUAGACGAUCAGUUCAUGGCCAAAAUUGCUGAUUUUGGGCUUUCAAGAUCAUUCCUACUCGGAGAAGAAUCACAAGCUUCAACCGUUGUUGCUGGUACUCUUGGAUAUCUUGAUCCCGAAUACUACAGCACAUGUCGGUUGGCUGAGACGAGUGAUGUAUAUAGUUUUGGGAUUUUAUUACUAGAGAUAAUCACAAACCAACAUGUGAUUGACCAUGCCCGAGAAAAGGCUCACAUUACAGAAUGGGUGGCAUUUGUGCUUAAGGAAGGAGAUAUUUCUAGGAUUGUUGAUCCUAACCUUCAUGGUGAAUACAACUCCCCUUCUGUUUCGAGAGCCCUUGAAUUGGCUAUGAAAUGUGCUAACCCUUCUUCAGAGAAACGACCAGACAUGUCACAGAUUAUUACUGAACUAAAAGAGUGUAUAACUGAAAACUCGAUGAAAUGUAUAGAUGACAUGGAUUCUAGUAGUUCUUUCGAACUGAGCUCAAGCUUCGAUACUAAGGUGGUCCCUAUUGCAAGGUAGUAUUUGCAUAGACACCUUGCUUGUAUUGAUAUAUUUGUGCUUGUGAUCUGGAGUGCUUAAUUUUUUUUUCUUUCUAGACAUCAUAAGUUCAUUACUAAACAAGAGAUGAUAAAUGUACCACUCCUUUGAUCU